GGAUAAAACCCCAGGAGGAGGGGUGUGGUGUGGGCACAGCCUUGGCAUGGCCCUCUGGCUCCUCGUUCUCUGCCAGCUCCAUGGCCAGCCCUGAGGAUGCACCUGCAACAGGCCACACCAGUGGGUUGGGUUCCCACCGGAGAAAGCGGACCACCUUCAGCAGGGGGCAGCUGCUGGAGCUGGAGCGGGUGUUUGCAGCAUGGCCCUACCCUGACAUCAGCACGCGUGAGCACCUGGCUCGGGUCACUUGCCUUCCUGAGGCCAAGAUACAGGUGUGGUUCCAGAAUCGCCGGGCCAAGAGAAUCAAGAACAGGAAGGCGGGAGGCCUAAGCCCCAGGCCCGAGCACACCCAGAGAGCCCGUCCUCUUCCGGACACCCUCCAGCAGGCCCGGGAGCCCCGAACACUAGUCCAGCUUCCACCUUCCAACAGCACACCUCAGUGUGCCUCAAUGGGUCGACAUGCUUCCUGCCCAGCUCCUGGUUUGGGUCCAGGACAGGGGUGGACAGGGGCUAAAGCUGUAGCCCCAUGGGGACCAGCUGGGGUUUCAGGGGUCCACCUUUCUUCAGAGCGAGCCACUCCCCAGACCUCAUUGGGCAGCUUAUCUGACCUCAUCUAUGCCUCUGCCAUCGUCACCAACCUGGACCACUCCUAAAUUAAGUCUAGAACUUUUGAGAUCGCUCCUCUGGCUCCGCAGCCCACCCUGCCCCUUAGGACUGAACAUAUCAGAUGUGGAUCCCUCACCCCUCCUUUUACACAAGGGAGUUUUCU